AUGACACGACCUCAAAACAUUGGCAUUAAGGCCGUAGAGCUGUAUUUUCCCAGCCAGUGUGUUGAACAGAAAGAACUCGAGAAGUUUGAUGGAGUCUCUGAGGGAAAGUACACCAUCGGCUUGGGCCAAACCAAGAUGAGCUUCUGUGACGAUAGGGAGGAUAUCUACUCGAUAGCCUUGACGGCCGUUGCGUCCCUCAUGCGCAAAUACAGCGUCAACCCAAAAUCCAUUGGCCGGCUUGAAGUCGGCACAGAAACAUUGCUUGACAAGUCUAAAUCGGUCAAGUCGGUCCUCAUGCAGCUGUUCGAGGACUCCAACCCAAACAUUGAGGGAGUCGACACCGUAAAUGCUUGCUAUGGAGGCACUAAUUCUCUCUUCAAUGCUGUCAACUGGGUUGAAGCCUCGGCAUGGGACGGCCGGGAUGCCAUCGUCGUGGCGGGCGACAUUGCACUCUAUGGCAAAGGAAAUGCUCGGCCGACCGGCGGAGCGGGCUGCGUGGCUAUGUUGGUCGGUGCGGAUGCGCCUCUAGUCUUGGACCCUGGGCUGAGAGGCACCUACAUGCGCCAUUCAUACGACUUCUACAAGCCAGAUUUGACGAGUGAGUAUCCGCAUGUCGACGGACAACUCUCGCUGCAGUGCUACGCUGAGGCGGUGGAUAAGUGCUACGAGGCAUAUCUCGAACGUGAGGCGAGCCUCAGAGACGAGGUCCACAACGGAAGCCCGCACACCCGCGCCCUUGGGUUUGACUACAUGUGCUUCCACGCACCCACCUGCAAGACGGUUGCAAAGUCGUACGCCCGCCUCUUCUACAACGAUUUCCAGAAGGAUCCGGACAACACCUUCUUCAAGGAUAUACCGCCCGAGCUCGGUACGCUGGCCUCGGCGGGAGGCCUGGCAGACAAGCGAGUAGAAAAAGAAUUCCUGCUUCUCAGCAAGAAACAUUUCACACAGCGGGUCCAACCAGCGACCUUUGUUCCCACUCAGUGCGGAAACAUGUACUCAGCCAGUCUGUACUCGGCACUAUGUGGAUUGCUGUCGCUGGUUGACAGCCAGGACCUGCAAGGGAAACGCAUCGGCAUGUUCAGCUACGGGAGCGGCCUGGCCAGUUCCUUGUUCAGUAUAAAGGUAGUAGGGGAUACCGAGGAUAUCAGGGCCAACUUGGACUUGGUGAGAAGGCUUGAGGAGAGACAAGUCGUUGCGCCCGAGACAUAUGAUAAGAUGUGCCAUUUGCGGGAGCGUGCACACCUGCAAAAGAACUUCAACCCGGCCGGCACAAUCGAUAGCAUUGUCAAAGGCACAUACUAUCUUCGCGAGAUUGAUAAUGCUUUCCGCCGGCUUUAUGAUGUUAAGGCAUGA